AUGCGGUAUUAUGACAGACAGGUUCAGGACUCCAGAAGCUGCCUCCGAGGUGGUACCCGGCCCAACUGCUCCCACUCACAGUGCCCUGCCCGGAAACCCAAUGCUGGCGGCGGGCUGCUGCUUCUGGGCCCGGUGGAAGGACUGACUGUGGAGGGUCAGCAGUUCGGAGAAAGUGUCAAGGAGCCCGGGCAGACCUUUGUGAAUGCUGAGUUUGAUGGGAUUCUGGGUCUAGGAUACCCGUCAUUGGCUGCUGGAGGGGUAACCCCAGUGUUUGACAACAUGAUGGCCCAGAACCUCGUGGAUCUGCCUAUAUUUUCUGUCUACUUGAGCAGUGACCUACAAGGUAGCUCAGACAGUGAGCUGACUUUCGGAGGCUAUGACCCCUCUCAUUUCUCUGGGACUCUCAACUGGAUUCCAGUCACCAAGCAAGGUUACUGGCAGAUUGCACUGGACGGAAUCCUAGUGGGAAACACAGUGAUGUUCUGCUCUGAGGGCUGCCAAGCCAUUGUGGACACAGGGACCUCCCUCCUCACCGGCCCCUCCCACAAGAUCAAAGAGCUCCAAGAGGCCAUUGGGGCCACACCCAUGGAUGGAGAAUAUGCUGUGAAUUGUGCCAACCUCAACAUGAUGCCAAAUGUAGCCUUCCUCAUCAACGGGGUUUCAUAUACCCUCAGCCCAAAUGCCUACAUCCUGCAGGACUUAGUGGAUGGAAUGCAGUUCUGUGGCAGCGGCUUUCAAGGACUUGACAUUCCGCCACCAGCUGGGCCUCUCUGGAUCCUGGGGGAUGUCUUCAUCCGACAGUUCUACGCAGUCUUUGAUCGUGGAAAUAACCAAGUGGGGCUGGCCCCCACGGUCCCCUAA